AUGAACAGAAUGAACGAAUCGGCUCAACCAGCUUUCUGGGAGCUUGGGUUUCUUGCUAGCAGGGAGCAACAGCGAGCCUCGCACUUCACACUGAACGCAGAGAUGUCCAUCACUCACGCGAACACCACGCUGAGUUAUCGCCAUGACGGUGAAUCUUGCGGAUGGCGAGUUAGGGAUGAUGAUGAGACCAUCGACCCGUCUAUCUUACAUCCUCAGGAUUUACCGUUGUGGGAUGUUCACCAGCCUUUCCCACCCAAUCAUAUCAACUCUAGCAACUCGGCCGCUGUUUUUGCUUGGCCAAGUGAUACCAGCCCUCCUCAGAUAACGGAAUACUGUUUUUGCGAUGAGUCUGAGGAAGAAGGGUGCAGCUGGCCAGGGGUCGCAGAUUUUAUCGACAUGAGCUUAUUUGAUGAAGAUACUUUGGAAGCCCUCCCUCACCAGGUCGUCCCGGCGGCUCAACUCUGCGAAGGCCCUUCCGAUACCAUAGACCGUGAGCAUUUUGGCAGCGAGAUGAUUAAGGAUGCUCCAUGCGAUAUCCCAGACUCUGCGGACUCUGCGUGCUGUGGUUCAGCCCCUUAUUCCACACCCGAUAUUCGAGACUCGUCGGAUUUCACGCCUCCAGAACUGCAAACCCCCAAAUCUUGCAGUCCAUUAACGCCCAAUAAACAAGCCACAAAGAGUAUCGAGGUUAUUGACUUAACAGGGGACGAAAUGGAGUCUUCGUUGGAUGUAUUGGAUCCGGAACCAGCAAGACACGCAGCGAGCGGCGGAGUUAUCGAGAGAGGAAUCAGCGUCGUCGACCUAACCCAGGAUGAUGACGAGGAGAAAUUUGGAUCCUGGUACGAUGACAACUGUGACGACACAGACUACCAUUACAGGAGUUGUUAUGAGAACCAAUACCGCGGCGUGGCCUCGACCAGCGAUUUUCCUUACCCAAGAACUGCCGCCAACUUUGUCGCAACAGGACUAUUAGUCGAUGGAAGAACCUAUCUAUGGAAUCAUCGCUGUAAGCAAUACAGACAUGGAGGCUCCUAUGCUGAACCUAACCACAAAAAUACGGCAAUCGUCAUACGUGCUGGUGGGGGCGAUAUCCCUAUCGUACUGAAAUACAGAGGGUUCGGAAUUUGGGAGGGCUCCAACUAUCGUAUUGGGGUGGCUAUUAGUGAGGAUGCGGCAAAAGCAAUGGUGUUCAAACGGCAGUCACUGUCGUUAAAGAGGAAAAGAGGUUGCAUGUACUCAAAGGAUUUGUUCCAUAGCAAACGUAAAUAA